AUGUCGUCCAACGCCACCGCGCAAGGAGAAACCGCACCACCACGCCUACCACUCCCCGGCAACCCCCUUGGCACCAUCCGCGCCUCCCUGCACUCCCACCAUCUCCCCAAAUGGGGCCUCCUAAUUUAUUGCUGCGACUAUCGCUGCGACGCCACCUGGGACUCCUUCAUGGCCACACUGCACUGGAACGUGACCGACGCGCUCUCGCUCCUCAAAGCCACUGAUCUCGCGGCCUCGCUGGACAUGCGCGUCUGGUCCGAUCAAUCAGCGCUCGACGGCGCAAGCGUAGACCGCGUGCGCGACGCGUUCAAAGCGUGGGUUGAUAGCACGGAAGCGAAAGAGGAAACGAAAGAUGCGCCGCUUGACUGGGGUGGCGCGGAUUAUCCAAGAUAUACGUACUGCGUGCAUGUUGAUGCUGAUGCGGUGGAUUCGGUUGUGAGGAGGGCGCCGCAGCCGCAGAGGUUUGAUGGGGAGAAGGUGGGGUAUGUUAAUCUUGUGAGGCUUGAUAUGAGAGAGAUCACAGAUGGUGGUGAGGAUAGAGAGGAGGAGGAGGAGGAGGAGGAUAAUGGUGGGAAGGGGAAUGUUGUCAGGGCUCCUGUGUCCAGGCUUUUUGGUCCGGAGACGUAUGGGGAACUGUAUGAUCUAGCGGCGUUUGAUCGGAUGAGGAGGGAUUGA